AUGGCAGCUGAAGAGGAGAUAAGUUUAGAAAGCGAGUUUGCAACAAGUACAACACUCCAUGGGCUGAAAUACAUUGCCACAAGUAAACGGUUCUUCUUUAAACUACUUUGGGUAUUGAUUUUCAUAUCUGGAUUGAGUUUGUGUGUGUGGCAAAUCAGUCUACGCAUUCAAGAGUAUUUGUUGUUCAAUAUCAACACGGAAAUCAACCUGAUGUUCGUCGAUGAACUGGAGUUCCCCGCCCUCACUAUCUGCAACUUCAACAGGUAUCGAGCUUCAUACCUCACUGCUAAUGAUUUGAAUCUUAUCAAAUUUCUAUGGGACGCCGAGGACUACGACUACUAUGAGUCUGGAAAUAACAUUCAGUAUAAUGAUGCCUUUAUCAAUGGAAACUUUAGUACGUCUGAAUUCACUAACAGAACUGGAUUUCAGCUCACUAACCAAACGAUUCAAAGUUGCAAAUGGAAAGAGAAGAAGUGUGGAGGUCAGAAUUUUACUCAUUUAUUUACGUCAUUUGGCAACUGCUUUACGUUCAACUCUGGCAAAUAUAAUGACGUAUUGAAAGUCAGACAGCCGGGAGCAGGAAACGCCCUUCAGUUGAUGAUUAACAUUCAACAGGACGAAUAUACCGAAACGUCUGAAGGUAACAUGGAGGCCGGCUUGAAGAUACUAGUGCAUCCGCAGAACGAACCGCCACUGAUAGAAUCCAAAGGUUUGGCAGUUCCUCCUGGUGUACACGCCUACGUCUCAACACGUAAAAUUGAAGUAGAAACGCUAGGUAAACCCCACGGAGACUGUGACAAAUCUGUGAAGCUUAACAAUUACGAAAUAUACACGGUCGCCGGGUGCUUACUGGAGUGCCGGCAUAAACACAUUGUCGAAGAGUGUGAUUGCAGACCUAUUCGGCAAUCAGUCAUGGAAGAUUCGCUUGAAAUUCACAGUAAAACCUACGAUGAACUCAAAACUGCAACGGAUAUCUUACUUAAGAAUUUCAAACAAAUGGAAACUGACCUGAAAUCUAAGCAAGAUAAAAUGGUGAACAUUGAAGCUGAAAUGCUGCGAAUGGAAAGACAUUCUAGAAGCUAUAAUCUCCGAUUUGGAGGAAUUGAAGAGAGAGAAAGCGAAGAUCCAAAGCAACUUGUUCUGGAUAUAUUAAAACAUGACCUUAAUUGA